CGGGGCUGCGGAGAGCCGCAACCGCCGCCGGGGGCGCGUGCCCAGGACAGCAGUUUGUUUGAGCCGGACUGUCCCGCGCCCGGCUCUCCCGAGCCAGAGGAUAACGGGGAUCCGGGAGAUCGGGGGCUCUGCCCGGGCUCUGCCCAAAGCGACUUUGUACAAGUUUAAAGAAAAUCGGUUCUGACAUAUUUGUGCAGAGCGAGGGGAUUUUUUUUCUUCAUGCUCCACAUGCUCAGACGCUUCUUUGCAUUUGUAUCUCUGGUUGGUUUCUGUUUCCUAAAGUCUUUCUUAAAAUGUCCGACAUGAAGCAAAGAAAGAAAGCUGUUCCUUCACCAAAGCACAACGAAGAUCCACAAAAGCAGAGCAAUUAUGGAACGAUCUCAGGUCCCAGGAGCAGCAGCAAUAGUCAGAAUUCCUUUUGGAUAGACUCACGGACAGUCUUAAACCUGCUUUGCCUUGUUGCUUGUCUACUGCUCACCUGGUUCCUAUUUCAGCAGUCAGGCCAACUUGCUCACGUGGAAAAAAAGUAUAAUUUAUUACAGCUGGAAACUGGAAAAUGCCAGGAUAUGGAAAAUAAAGUUAACUUAAUUUCUGAAAAGUGUGAAAAGACUCAAGACUUAAUGGAACAACUGGAAGCUCUUCAAAUAAUUUCUCAUGUUAAACAUCUACAAGAGGGUCUCUACGGCAUGAAAACAUGGUCUAAGAGCAUAAUUCAAAAAAAAGAAGAACUGCAGGAGAACUUAACAACUCUUUUUCAUGCAGUUGUAAAAGUUGAGCAGAGUACAGCUUCUGUAGCAAAAGAUGUAUCUCUAAAGAUUGCAACAGUAAAAACUGACAUAAGACGCAUUUCAGGUCUAGUGUCAGAUGUGACCUCAUUGACUGAUUCUCUGCAAGCACUAGAAGAUAAAGUAGAUAAAGCUGAAAAGAAGACAGUACAAAAUAUAGGUGAUCUACUUACAAGUAGCAUUGAUCGUACUGCAAAGCUACGAAGUUUUGCCUCUGAUAACUCAAAAAGAAUUGAACAGAUUAAAAUCACAUUGUCUGACUUGAGAGGUGAUUUCAAUAAACAUUCAGAUAGGCUUUUAAAUCUGGAAAGUAACAGAGCAAAAGUUCUGAAGACAGUUACUUUUGCAAACGAUUUAAAACCCAAGGUGUACAACUUAAAGAAGGACUUUGCCCGUUUGGAACCAAUGAUAAAUGAGCUAACAUUAAGAAUAGGAAGGUUGGUUGAUGAUAUAUUACAAAGAGAGAAAGAAAUUGUUUUCUUGAAUGAAAAACUGUCCAAUUUAACUACAGUUCAGACUGAGAUCAAGGAUAUGAAAGAUGAAAUAACCAAGAUUUUAGAUAUGAAUUAAUUACUUUCUGAAACUAUAGAUUGCCUAAAACGCAGUAGCAUUUGAAGAGCGAUAAUCUAAUCAAGGCUUGUACUAAAACACUGAAAGGGAGGUGUAAUUUAAAGGCUUCUUUUCAAAGCAUACUGAAACAACUUUGGAGGUCAAUCCUCCUUUUGAAGAGUGACAAAAGUGCCAUUUACAUCAGAGGGACCCAGAUCAGGUUCUUCAUUAGCAAAGCAGGGUUUUUUUUCAUGAACUAUUUGUUUUGUAUAACUAAAGUAGAAUAUUUUUAUAUAAUUUUAAAAAUGUAAACUAUGUAAUUGCUAUUUUUGUUCUUACCUACAAGUUUGCUUUCUUGGCUCAGGUAGGCCUGCAAAUUGACAAGUGGGUCUUCAGCCUUCCCUACUGCUUUGAAGUCAGGGAUAAAAUUGUGGAUUCCAGAUUCAGGCUUAAACACAAGUUCACAAAACUGCAGCUUCAUUUGAUGUUCCUCUUAAAUAAAUACCAACCCCAAGAUUUUCCAAAAGUGUCUGGGGUUUCAUUUUUAUUUUAAAUCUAUCAGUGUAUUAUGGAUAUAGAAAGGAGUAAUGGCCAGAAAUAGUGUUCUCUCUGAAAAGGGAAGAUGGUCAAAAGUUUUCCAUGUUAAAUGCAAAGUAUUAUUUUUAUCAAACUAAAUGGAAUCCUUUAUUCAGGACUGUAGUCACAACAGAGUGGAGUUCUAGGAUUUCUUUCUACAGCAAAGAGAACCCUAUGUAGGGACAGUGUCAUGAAAGAGGUACUAACCCUAGCAGAGAGCCCUCAGUGCAAUGUUUUUGGGUCCCCUGUCUGAGGUGCCUCUGCACUUCAUUUGUCCCCUGCAUGCACUUGAUCUGUAAAGUGCUAGAGUGAAGACCAAAGUUAGCACAGAAGGAGUCGUUGUCUAGGCUCAGAAACAUCAGAACAGACCCCAUCCAAUGUGAUAUUGCUCUGGUAAGAGAGAAGCAUUUAUAGAGCCACUGAGAUUUGAGAGGGGCAGGUAAGAGAUGGAAGAGGUGUGGUGUCCUAAAGACAAGAGAAUGCAAAUAGAUGUGCCAGCAGCGAGAAAAUAAAAUGCCAUGGUAGAAGAACAGCAGUGAUUAUGAAGGAAAUAGAUUGAGAGGGGUAAAGUACAGCUGUUGAGAAAAUUCUUGUAAGACCACACAGCCAGAAGUCUUAGGGAAUGCUAAGGCCCCCAGAACUUUAUUGUUUAGCAGUUAGUAAGUGCUAGUUGACUUUUUUUGAAGUUACUAUAUACGGAUGUGUUGAAAAUUCCAGUCACUCUCCUCUAUCUUUUCAUCCUCUUUCCAUUGGCUCUGUCUUUUUUAUUCCCUGUCCCUUCCCCUCUGGUUGCUCCAUCAAGCUUUUUCCUCUUUCACUGGUACCUCCCCACUACUCUGCGUCUCUUAUCUUGUCUUCAAAUAAUAGUCUAAAUAAGUUGGUUUAUUUUUCCUAAAGUCAUACAAUAAAUUAUUUUGAAAUAAAGGUUUUCAUACUUUGA